AGCCCCUCUAAACGGUGCUGCUGGUCUGGUGUGGGUGGCAUGCGGCGCAGAGAUAGCAGCAGCACUCUCUGUCAUCCCCACAGCCCCUCUAAACGGUGCUGCUGGUCUGGUGUGGGUGGCAUGCGGCGCAGAGAUAGCGGCAGCACUCUCUGUCAUCCCCACAGCCCCUCUAAACGGUGCUGCUGGUCUGGUGUGGGUGGCAUGCGGCGCAGAGAUAGCAGCAGCACUCUCUGUCAUCCCCACGUGCCCAAUCCCUUCUUUCCGCUUCCUCCCCCCCCCCCCCCUUCUAUCCCACCCCUCUCCCUCCUCUUCCAGAGCCCCUCUAAACGGUGCUGCUGGUCUGGUGUGGGUGGCAUGCGGCGCAGAGAUAGCAGCAGCACUCUCUGUCAUCCCCACAGCCCCUCUAAAUGGUGCUGCUGGUCUGCUGUGGGUGGCAUGCGGCGCAGAGAUAGCAGCAGCACUCUCUGUCAUCCCCACAGCCCCUCUAAACGGUGCUGCUGGUCUGGUGUGGGUGGCUUGCGGCGCAGAGAUAGCAGCAGCACUCUCUGUCAUCCCCACAGCCCCUCUAAACGGUGCUGCUGGUCUGGCGUGGGUGGCAUGCGGCGCAGAGAUAGCAGCAGCCCUCUCUGUCAUCCCCACGUGCCCAAUCCCUUGUUUCCGCUUGCUCCUCCCCCCCCCCUCUCUAUCCCACCCCUCUCCCUCCUCUUCCAGAGCCCCUCUAAACGGUGCUUCUGGUCGCGUAGCCCCUGUUCAUGGUGCUGGUGGUGGUGUGGGUGGCCUGCGGCACGUGUUACCCAAAUCCCACUCUCUCGACCUCUGGAGGGAAACAGCGGGUCAGCUCGUGGGGAAACAACAGAGACGGGCUCCCGUUUGCCAACGGCCGGGCCUAUCAAAGGUUAAGAGGACUGACUGGAACGUCUCCAACUCCCACCGGAAGAACAGUGAAUGGAUGGGGGGUUUGCACCGAAAUGUGCGGUGGAUUAUCAAGGACCACUUCACACGCCACACCCCCGUGUACAAUACAGACGUGAAGGGCUUCAAGUGGGGCGACCGUGGGCUGUAUGUUCACGAGUCAGGAUUUGAGGCCUUCCGGGGGAAGGCUGAGCUUGAUGCCGAAACGAAGGACCUGAAGGAGGAAGAAAAGGAGGUGUACGACUCGGAGGACAUGGAGGAGGAUAAGGAGGAGGAGGAUGAGGAGGAGGAGGAGGAGGAGGAGGAGGAGGAGGAGGAGGAUGACGAGGAGGAGGAGGAGGAGGAGGAGGAGGAGGAGGAGGAGGAGGAGGAGGAGGAGGAGGAGGAGGAGGAGGAGGAGGAGGAGGAGGACGAGGAACAUUUACAAAAGGGGACAGCAGGAGAGGCAUCACAUACGUGCGAGGAGAGGCAUUGGUGGAGACAGCAAGGGGGGCAUCAGGGAAGGCACGUGUGGAUAGAGAAAGGGGGACAGCAUUACGGAGGGGAGUGGUGCAAGGGCCGCAGCAGUAUAGGCAUGACCGGAUAG